ACUCAUUUCAAAAGCGUCGAUACUCGAGGGGGUCCGUUUACACUUAUACAGUUGUACCUCAUAGUUUCAAAUCCCUUUUUCGCGCUCCAAACUCUCUCUGACUGACUCUCUCUCUCUCUCUCUCUCUCUCUCUCUUCCCCAACCGAUGAAUAAGAACCCAACCGCGUCCCAUCUCUCCCACCUCUCCAAAACCCUAACCCUAACCCCUCCUCUUCCUCCUCCCUCUUCUCCCCCCUCCUUCUCCCUCCACCCUCAUCCCACCCCUCUCAUCUGCCGCCUCCUCCUCCUCCUCCGCCACCGACGCCGCCGCCCCGGCGACGUCCUCUCCGCCGCGCGCCACCUCCUCUCCGCCGCCUCUGCCUCCUCCAUCCCCGUCGACACCCUCCUCGCCAACCGCCUCAUCGACCUCUUCGCCAAGCUCGGCGCCCUCUCCGACGCGCGCCGCCUCUUCGACGAAUUGCCCCACCGGGACCUCUGCUCCUACAACACCCUCGUCUCCGCGUACUCCAACAAUGGCGACCUCCCCUCCGCCCGCCGGCUGUUCGACGAAAUGCCCGAUCGGGACCACUUCUCCUGGAGCUCCAUUAUCUCCGCCUACACCCGUCACAGCCGCCCAACCGAAGCUCUCCGCCUUUACCGGCAAAUGCAGAGCCAAAGCAAUGACGGGAGUCGUCGCAGCAACGUCGACAACAAGUUCACUGCUUCCUCCGCCCUAGCCGCCGCCACGGCGGUUCCGUGCCUUAACUAUGGAAAAGAGAUUCACUGCCACAUAGUUCGCGCAGGUUUUGAUUCUGAUAUAGUCGUGUGGGGUGCCCUCUCUGAUAUGUAUGCCAAGUGCGGGAGCAUAGAUUCCGCACGCCGCGUGUUCGAUGAAAGUCCAGAGAAGGACGUGGUUUCGUGGACGGCGAUGAUCGAGAGAUACUUUGAUGUUGGGAGGAGAGAAGAGGGGCUUUGGCUUCUUUACGAGAUGUUGAGAGUCGGGGUUCGGCCGAAUGAGUUCACCUUCGCGGGGGUUUUGAAUGCUUUUGCAGAAAUGGCAUUGGAAGGUAAGGGUAAGGAGGUUCACGGGCAAUUGAUGAGGAUCGGAUACGACUCGUCUUCAUUUGCAGGUAGUGCACUCGUUCACAUGUAUUCAAAGUGUGGGAGCAUCGAGAAAGCAAGGAAGGUGUUUGACGGGAUGCCGAAGCCGGACUUGGUUUCGUGGACCUCGAUAAUAUGUGGGUAUUCUCAGAACGGCCAUCCCGAGGAGGCUUUGAGAUACUUUGAUCUUUUGCUAAGGUCAGGGACGAAGCCCGAUCAUAUAACAUUCGUUGGAGUUCUUUCUGCAAGCGCCCAUUCCGGGUUAGUCGAUAGAGGGCGUGAAAUUUUUCAUUCAAUCAAAGAAGAGUACGGCGCUGAGUAUACUUCUGACCACUAUUCUUGCAUGAUCGACCUUCUCAGUCGAUCAGGUCGGUUCAAAGAAGCUGAAGAGCUUAUCGACAAGAUGCCGAUGAAGCCCAAUAAGUUCUUGUGGGCUUCCUUGCUUGGUGGUUGCAGGAUUCAUAAGAAUAUUAGGUUGGCUAAAAGGGCCGCAGAAGCCCUAUUUCAAAUCGAGCCCGAGAAUGCCGCAACAUAUGUAACUUUAGCUAAUAUUUAUGCCUCUGCCGGUUUAUGGGAUGAGGUGGAGAAGAUCAGAAAGAAAAUGGACAACAUAGGGGUGGUGAAGACGCCCGGUUCUAGUUGGAUCGAGAUUAAGCGGAAGGUUCAUGUGUUUUUAGUUGGCGACAAGUCGCACCCACGAGCUAAAGAGAUUUAUGAGCUACUGAAGAAGAUGAACACAAAAAUGAAGGAAGAAGGGUACAUGCCGGAUACCGAUUUUGUGCUUCAUGAUGUGGAAGACGAGCAGAAGGAAGGUGAUCUCGCGUAUCACAGCGAGAGACUCGCGGUUGCCUUCGGGAUCAUUGCUACCCCAGAAGGUACGCCGAUCAAGGUUUUCAAGAACCUGAGGAUUUGCGGAGAUUGCCACACCGCUAUCAAGUUCAUCUCGCGGAUUAUGCAUCGGGUCAUCGUCGUGAGGGAUUCGAAUAGGUUUCAUCACGUCAAGGGUGGGAGCUGUUCAUGUGGGGAUUAUUGGUGAUGCUUUGAAGAGGAUGAUUUGAUAGGAUGUGGAAUUGAGAUUGCUCGUGCUGUUAUACAUGAUUUAAUUCUCCUGCUUACUCUCUUACUAAGAGGAUGAGAACUGCAGUAAAGAGAAUGAAGAAACGGAUCUGUUCUUUCUGGAGUUUUCCUAUGAGCAUCCGCAUGAACAAAGCAUGCAGGUCGCAGGAGCACUCAAAAGGAGAGGAGAACAAAAAUCAUAUGGAAGUGUUAUGGCAGCUUCGAAGUCAUCAGUUCAGAAAAAAAAAAAAAAAAAAAAAAAAAAAAAGACAGCAGCGUGCAAGGUUGGUCGUUCGAAGUUCUGUACGGCGCCCGAGAGGGAGUCCCGAGUUCUUCCCAUGCAGCUCCCGGUUCUCAACUUUGUGCUCGAAAGUUGGGUUCGUGCGACACACGAUGACCACGGACUCAAAAGCUUCGGCUAUUUAAGCACCCAAAAAGUCCUAAAAAUAUUUGCAAAAUUACUGUGUAUGUUUCUGUACAUAAUUUCAUGUUAUGAAUAUUAUGACAAGUUGUAAUGUGUAGUUUCUCUGAGAAGUUAAGAAAUGUAUUCCGCCCGACCUACAUGCUUAUUUAGUUUUGCCUGAUUCCCGUCAA